GAGAAAAUAAAUUGAAAAUUGAGAAUGAGAAAAAGUAUUUAUGGUGCAACUUCCCUCUGAGUUCCUCGAGUGGACGCUACUCCACCACUGUUUGUUUCAGAACACAGAAGAAAGAAACCACUCUCAAUUUAAUCAAAAAAUAGUGACGAAGAAGAAGAAGAAGAAAAAGAUGGUUGGAAACAAGAAUCAACAAUCAAAUUGGUGGUGGCUUGAUAAUAGUCACACUAACAAUACUAAACGUUCUCCUUGGCUUCAAUCCACUCUAUCUGAGCUAAACGAGAAGACAAAUGCAAUGUUAAAGUUAAUUGAAGAAGAUGCAGAUUCCUUUGCAAAACGUGCAGAGAUGUAUUACAAGAAGCGACCCGAACUUGUUAGCAUGGUUGAAGAUUUCUAUCGAUCACACCGCUCAUUGGCCGAGCGGUAUGAUCAAGUGAAACCCGACACUGGAAAUGGCCACCUUGUGUUAGGGGGAUCACCUUUUGCUUCAGCUAAGUAUCAAUUAGAGAAGUUGAUGAGUUUUGCAGACACUGGUUAUGAUACCUAUUCUGAGAAUUUUGACGUAGACGAGUCUAUGGAAUCCGAAGUUGAUGAUCCUGAGCAUGAAGAAAAAGAUCUGGCUAAAUUUCAUCAUAACUACACAAAAGAAGAGCGAGUUUCGUCCGUUGCUGUCAACGAUGAAGUGAUGAGGUUGAGAGAUGAAAUUAAGAAAAUAUGCCAAGAGAACACGGUUCAUAAGGAGCAAUUGAAACAGAAAGAUGCAGUUUGUGAUGAAGUAAUGAAGUUGAGGGAAGAAAUAGAAAAACUAAAGGGAGAGAAAGUGGCACAAAAGGAAGAACUCAAGCAAAAGGAUGAAGAGAAAAUAGAGGUGAUUAAGCAACUCAGCUUAGCAAUAGAUAUGUUGAAACAAGAUAAUAUGAAUAUGAGAAGCUUCAUCACUAAAGAGUCCGCUAAGAAAUGGAAGUUUCCAUUUGAAUUCAACAAAUUUGGAGGAGCAUUUUCUAUGAAAUUAUUCAAUGGAAAUCCAAGAAAUCAGCCCAGUCUUGAACUCUCUAGAUGUGGUUUACAGAUUCACCAAGUAGCAUAGUUAUGUAUAACAUUCUUAUUCUUAUAAAUAUUUAUACAAUAAGUUCCUAGUCUUAGAUUCGUAGUUUGCGUGCUUAUAAUGGUAAUUGUAUUUUUUAUGUGCCCUUCACUUGGCUAGUUAUAUGUAUUCCGAAUGUUACAAUUUUUUUAAUUCUUUAUGCAUGUGGUGAUUGUGUUUUAGACCACCUUAAACCUU